AUGUCCUUCAACAGAAAGUGGCUGCAUUUAAGGGCACACGAGGCAGCUGACGGCCUGGGAGUGGAGACGGGCUGCAGAGGACGGCCCCUGGGGCUCCAAGUCCACGGACAUUUCCUUUGCCCACACAGUGGUGGCCAGUGCAGAGGCCUGAAUGUGAGCACAUGUCGACAUUUGAAUGCUGGGAAGUAUCCUGUGAAAACCCAGCUUCUCGUGAAGGAUUGCAAGCUGCAGCCCCAGGACGGCCCAGCACCCCUGCGCUCGGGGCUGGAAGGCCCGGCCACCCCAGGACUGGUGCACACGCAGCGCUUUGUGUCCCUUCAGAAGCAAGCACUCGGGAUUCUCCCAGAAGCACCUACGCCGCUCACCAUUCUUACACUGAGUGCCGGAGUCUUGGCAAGAAGCUGGAAGAAUUCAGACGUGAAAAUAGGCAGCAGGCUUGUUAUUGACGUGAGCCUGAUGGGUUGCGUGUUCGCCACUGUCCAGAGGACUUACAGCUGUGACUCUGGAAAGCUCUGGUCUCUCUGGUUAUGGCCCAAUGGCAGAAAGAAUUGCUUUUUCACCGCCUUCUCAGGCUACAGCCCUGGACGAUUAUGCACAGUUUGCUUGUCUAGGAGACGCUGCCCCGGAACUCGUGUCUUGAAUAAAACAGAUGUGUGCAGCCCACGUCCAAGUGUGUUGCAGAGACCACCAGCCCUGCUGGGCAGGGGGCUUCUGGUGCCUGUGACGGCGUGGCCGGGAUGGCAGGGGCUGCUCUGGGUGGGACCUUUCUCUGCUUCAGGUGCCACGUCUGUGUGAC